UAAACAAUGAAAAAUUGAGCUGCGACGGAUAAUUUAUAUGUAAAUAGUGAAUAAUUCUUGAUACUUCUCGUCAAUUGCUGAUAAUAUAUUAUCCGGGAAUAACCUGUUAUUUACUCUCACGGUGAAUUAUAUGGAACCUGGCCCUUCACUCACAUUAUCAUUGAUAAAUGAAGCUUAGACAAAAUGCUUCAGCGAAAUAGUGACUCACGCGGCUACGUUUACGGUACAAUUAGUACGAUUUGGUUACUUUUGGUUUCUCUAUUUGAAUGGUUAUUAAGUUCUUUGAAUGCUUUACGACACGACAAUAACGGAACGGUGAAACGGAAACGUUUGGCAGCUUCCGACUGUACCUCAUGGCAGGAUUGGAAGGAAACAGCUUUAUCGUUAGACAAACGUACCAAUAAUUUCAGAUGGCGAUACUAUACAGCUUCAGCAGAGUACGAUUAUAAAUUGAUCCAACGAAGAUUAGAAUGUCUUAAACGUUACCGGUCCGAAAAAAACGACCGUGCUAUCAUGUGUACUUUACGUUCAGGUUUUAUCCGUAAUUUAGGAAAUCUGGGCGACCCCUCUCUCUUUACUCGCACAUACUAUGGAACAAAAAUUCUAAUUGAAGACUACGUUCACGAAACAUGUAAGUGUCUUCACAGUGUCCGCAUGUCUAAGGAAAUUCCUCGCAUUGAGAAACUCGAGUUUUUCUUUGCAGCAAAACUUUCCAUUGGGAGAACGUGCCUGUUUUUUAACGGAGGCACUGCCUAUGGUCUAUAUCAUUUCGGCAUUGCUAAGGCUCUAUGGGAACGUGGUUUGCUUCCGCGUGUCAUUGCUGGGUCUGCUUCCGGCGCUUUGAUUGCUGCCCUUCUUGGCGUGUACACAAAAGAGGAAUACCCCCGUAUGUUUUCCGAAUUCUCCUCCAAUUUGUGGGAAACCUGUAAAUACACAGUCGGCUUUUCACUUUCCAAGCUUCUUCGUUACGGUAACAUGCUCGAUAUCAGCAUUAUAUUGAAGACUGUGCGUAAAUGCACGGGGAAUAUGACGUUCCAAGAGGCGUAUGACCGGACGGGUCGCGUAAUCAACAUUGUGAUUACUCCGUUUGCCUUCUCUGGUAGCCCAGUCGUGCUCAAUUAUCUUACUGCCCCCGAUGUGCUCAUUUGGAGCGCUGCCCGCACCAGCAAUAGUUGGGCACCAGUAUUCCGUUCUUCCAAACUGAUUACAAAGCAAUCCGAUGGUUCGUUAAAAUCCUGUGCUUUGGAAGAGUUUGUUGGCUCUCGACCUGAACGAAAUGCCUUUUUCUCUUCUAGUGCGUUCGCUCGAAUCUCGGAAAUCUUCAACGUCAAUCAUUUUGUCAUAACACAAUCUCGUCCUUCCUUGUUUCCUUUUAUUAGUGAUGAGCUUCAUCAUCAUUCCUAUCAUGUCUAUUGGGUCAAAUUACUUCGAGUUCUUAGUUUAAGUCUCGCAUUUCGCAUGCGUCAAUUGGACUUACUUGGUUUCGUACCCUCAAAACUUAGAAGGUUCGUAUUAAAAGAUGCUGUUCUCAGUCCACAUAUUAUCUUAACUCCAAAUUUCUCGUUUUCGGACAUAGUCCAUACAUUUACAGAACCCUCCCCCGAUCACAUUAACUACUGGAUUCUCGUGGGUGAACGGACUGCCUGGCAGGCAAUUACGUUGCUACGCGUUCGAUGCAAAAUUGAAUUGGCAAUUGAAAAAGCCGAGGAUUCUUUGUUUGCUGAAGGACACAGUCCCGACGAGAGUAUUUGCAGAAAUGAAGAAAGCGAGUCAGUAAACAUAAAGGCAUUUUCAGAAACCACAUCUGAAAUGAACUAAUAAAAAAAAAUCACAUUUUUCAUACUGGAAAUGCUCCAUAACCUUGUUAUCGGCAGCUAAAAAGUAUAAACAAAAUAAAAAGCAGAUACCGACGGCAAGGUAACAGCAACACAUCUCCAAAGUGAUUGGAGUCGAUUACUUCAAGAGUUCACCGAUAAGACCCCCGAAGCCAUAUCCUAGAAAAGCGCCUGUCACCACGGUAAUAGGCCAAGCCUGCCAAGGACGAUCCCAAUCCAAAGGAAUAGGAAUGGCGCCUAACCAUGCUCCAAUCACGACUCCCCAUGCUCGAUAAACCAAACUUCCACAAAAAUCUUGACCUUGGAGAGUGAGAACAUUUCUCCAACGUCGGAAGUCAAAACGUGUAUAGAAGGAAAUUGGGAAAACUGUAAGGAGUGAUAGGAUUACCGAGCACAGAAAUGUCUUCAGAUAGUUCUUCAUUAAUGGAGCACCGAAAGCGACAACAAUGAGUUGAAUAAGAACACUGCCACCCAAAGAAGAUAGAAUAGCGGUCGCCAUAGAAGGUAAUAUUCCAUUCACUUUUGGCCGUUGUAGCCAUACCUGAAUCAAUUGAAGAGCGAACAGGGAAGGUACCAUCUUCGUUAAGGUCGGGACAGGAGAUUGCACCAAGUUUGGAAACGAAAAGUAAAUCAAAACGAGAUGCAAGAGGAUCACCGCGAGAGAGGGGAAUGUGUUGGAUCGCUCUAUUCUAGGACAACGCAUUUGAUGUUCGAUUGCGUAUUUAUAAACGGAGCUGUCCAAAUCACGUCUGAAAGGGGGCCAACCGAAAAAGGAAAUUACGGUACCAAUCGUAUCAAGAAGCAAAUUAUCUUGUGGACUAGCACCGCGUACACGAUUUUUCAUCAAAUCGCCGAUUAAAUUGCUUGUAAUAAGGAAAUCUCCAUGGUCCAAACCAGACAUGCAGCGACGAGCAGCUUCUUCAGGAGUUGCAACGGGGUCUCUGUCUUCCAGAAUCUUACAGAGUUCGGGCUUAAUUCUAUUUUCUUCUUCAAAACCCGGGGAAGAAAUAGAGGCAGGAAGGUAAAUGCAGACUUCAAUGUCGUACAUGAUGCAUUCUUGUCGAAGAGUAUCUGCGAGAGCACGCAUAGCGGCCUUUGCAGGUGAAUAAGCAGAAUAUCCAGCUAUGGGCAAGACGCUUGUGAUAGAGGAAGUAAGAAGAAUACGUCUGUUGUAUGGGACUGGGCAUUUGCGCAUCCGAUUGAUGACAGCAUGACACACAUACACGGUACUGAAAUAGUUUUGGAGCAUUUGUUUCUCGAAUGUUUCCAAAUCCAUUUCAGCAAAGAAGCCGGGUUUCGACGAUCCUGCGACGCUCAGGACAUGAUCAGGGCAGAAAGGCAAAUUGUCAAUGUACUCUUUUACAGCAUAUUUAUUCGUCAAAUCCACGCUUUCAAAGGCAACAACUUGGUCGGGAAGAACCGUGAACUGCUUCAAUUCAUCCGCGGCUUGUUGUAAUGUUGAAAUUGUUCGAGCAACAAUAUGAACGUUUGCACCACGAAGAACCAAUUCCUUUGCAAUUGCUUUUCCAAGUCCUUGAGAUCCUCCCGUUACAAUAACGUUCUAAUUUAUGUAACAUUAGUUCUAAGUAAACCAAAACGGCCGGAAAAAACCAGUGUGAUACUCUGGAAACCUCUUUUCCUUCAGCCAGUAAUCUUCCGUACCUUUCCUUUCACUUUAAAAGUAUUUCUGCCCCAAAAACCCAUCUUGGCGUUCCGUGUCGUAAGGUAUAUAGAAGGACUGGGAGCUUUCUACGAGAAAAUCAACUC